AUGUCAAACAAAUCGAUCAACAAGUUGGAUAAGGCAUCUUCAGAUUCGAAAAAUUGGUUGGAAUUGCCACCUGAAAUGAGAGCAUGGACAAUUGAAAAAAUGGAUGGAAAAACAUUGUGCCGAUAUUCACAAUGUUCGAUUUUAAGUCGUGCGGAGGUUCGAAAAUCACGCAUUUUCAUGAGUAAAUUAUUGAUUGAUGAAUGUCCUUCCCUUGGUCAUUAUGACUUAUCGAUUUUCCAUGGCUCAAAACCAUUCAAUUAUAAAAUCAAAUUUAUCGAUGUUCACCGACACAAUUGGAUUCCAAAACUGAAGGACCAAACCGUUGUAUUACAUAUAAUGUUAGUUUUUUGUUAUAAUUUUUGAAACCCAAAGCAAACCUUGCCCUUUGAGUCAAAAAUGAAUAUUUGCAGAGAAUCGAAGAAAGAUGGAGAAGAUGAAGGAUCUGGUGAAAAUGGAAUUGUUAAAAAGUCCGAAAUUGUUGAUGGAAAAGCAAGAGAUCUUCGAAAUCAAUAUGCUUUCAAUCAUUGUGAAAAAUAUGAGAACAAUAUUCGGAAUAUAACAAUUAGAGUGAGCAUUUAUUUUAUUUAUCUGGAAUCAUCAGUGAAUGCCAUUUUCAGGGGAAUUCGUUGGAUGGAAUCAAUUUGAAAUGUUUGAAAAAGCUCGAAAAAAUUGAUAUCAACUUAUGUCGCACAGAUGUUGUCAAAGCCGGAAUCUUCGACUUGAAUCAAGUGAGUACUAUUUGCUUUGAAAAAUAUUGUUCUUUUAUACAAAUUCAAUCAAUAUUUUAGUUGAUGAAUGUUCCAAUUUUGGAAUCGAAAAAAAUGGUUUUCACAUAUGAUGAAUUUUUGCUGUUCAAUGGAAAAGUUGGUCACAUAUCAAUGGAAAUUUUCGAGGAGAAAUUGUUGACUCAAUAUUUGCAAUUAUUGCAGACAACCGAAGUUCAUAAAAAUGUGAAAUUUUUAUCCAUUAUUAUAACUGGUUCGAACAAUCAAAUUCCAAGUUUCGAAUAUAUAAAAACACUGCAAAAACAUUGGAAAGUAUCUCGCACUGUGACCAGGUGAGAAAGAACAUUUUAAAGUAGUCAAUAAUUAUGUAUUUCUAGCAACUUCUUUUUACAGUGAUUAUGUACUUGUUCAACUCAAAAUUUCGGCGCAAUUUCGUAUUUAUAUUUCGUAUUUUCUCGUUUGAUGGACGUUUCGCUUUUAUUUAUAAAAAAUGAAAAUAUUGAUCAGCCAUGAACAACUUCAAAUUUAAUUUAAUUUCUUGUGAACUAAUUUUAUUUAUACACUUAUCAAUGAAAAUUAUUAUGUUUUGAUAUUUGUUUUAGUGUUUUAUUAAAGUGUUAAAUUUCAUUUCAAAAAUAUUGUGAAUUGAUAUUUACAGGAACUCCCGCAUUUUUAGAGUUUUAAUUUUUCUUGAUAUAUCGACCCAAAUCUGAUAUUCAUGUCGGAUCACGUUUUUAAAGUCGAAGCUGGUUUUAUUUGAAAAUUUAAAAUUUUCUUAUCUUGGUUCUGCUGAGAUAUCUCAAAAUUCGGUUUGUUUAAUAAACUUCCUAAUUUCAGGUUCGAGAUGUCUUUGCGAACAGAUCUUCAACUCGAUUUAGAAGUCACAAAUCCAACUUCUGCUCCGAAAAAUUGGUUGGAUUUGCCACCAAAAACACAUAAACAAAUUGUCGAUCGAAUGAAUCAACAAACGUUGUGUCAAUUUUCGGGAAGCUCAAAAUCGUGUCUCGAAUUGGCGAAAACUACACGACGUUUAAUGAGUAAAGUUGAGAUUUCUGGAGACGAAGAUUGUUGUGAAUUAUCGAUUGGACAUGAUGGACAUGAAAAAUCAUUGAAUUAUCAAUUGCAAUUCCUCGAUGUUUCUCAAAGUGCUUUCCAACAAACUGUUUUAUUAUAUAAAACGUAGGUUUUUUGGGGGCGGAGACUCAAAAAUCAAAUUUUCCUGCAAGUAUGCCAACGGAUAGAAAACCAUUUUCAAAUUUUUUAAAUAUAAAUUGUAAUUUCGGAUAAAAUUACAAAUCUGUUUCUAUAUAUCAAAUUGAUGACUGAAUACUAAUAUCGUAGAAUUUGAAAAUGAUUUAAUUUAUCUACGAAAAUAGAAAAAUGAUAAAGCACGUGACACGACCAAUUAAUUAAAAAAAAGCGUGAAUGCCUUUUUAAUAUCAUAUUUCUAGAAUAAUUUCUGUCUAUUUUAUUCGAACAAAUCUGAAAAAAUUCAAGUUUCAAAAUUAUGAAGCUCAUUCAAAUUCAAGUUUGCCAUAAAAAUUGAAAUCUUCAGUUUUCACAAAGUUGUGAAAGACGACGGAGAAGAAGAAAUGCGCAUUGAUGUGAAAACUUCGGAAAUUCUGAAUGGAACACCAAGUGAAAAUCUCAUCAAAUACCUCAAAAAUCACUGUGAAAAACAUGAAGAUUGUAUUCGAAUAAUCAAAUUUGAUGUAAGUUGGAAAACAUUGUAAAUAUAACAAAAAAUAACCGUUUCAUUCAGAUCUGGUCGUUUUUUUUGGAUAAUCUGGACUUAAAAUUCAUGCGAAAUCUGGAGGAAAUUAAUCUCUCAUAUGUUGAGAAAGAUUGGAUUGAAUGUGGAAUUUUUGAUAUUAAUCAAGUGAGUUAUUUUUAUUUUUUUUUAAACUAAAAACUAAAUGUAUUCCAGAAAAAAAUUAUAUUAGGUAUUAAACAAAAUAAUUUAUAGUUACUCAAUGCGAAAGUUCUCGAAGCCUCCAAUCAAACUUUUACUAUCGAUCAAGUUGCCAAUUUCAAGGGUAGACAUGCGCACAUGAGAAUUGAAACAUUUGGUAUGGAAGAAUUACUAGCAUUGUUGAAUUUAUGGACCACAAAUUUACACGAGAAUAUAUUCGAACUUGAUUUGAGUGUUUUGGAUCCCAGUUUUGUGAACCCGAAUGAAGAAGAUCUCGAGAAAUUAUCAAAUGUUUAUAAAAUUGAAACCAAGGUUUUCCCGUAAGUUAUUUAAGUUUCUGCAAAACAAUAGGGAUUUUGAAUGGAAUUGAUACGAUCGGCCAAGCCCGAUUAACGAGAUGAUCUGUGAUGCAUUUUGAUUUUUUUAAUGAACAUUUCAAAUUUUCUGAAUGAAAAGAAAUUGAAGACACCGGGAACCCGAAAUUCAUUGCUCAAUAAUCGAAUCUCACCCCUCCCCCUCACAAAAAAUAUUGAUAAAAAUACCUCCUAACAAAUUAAUUUUUAAAGGGGUUCGUGCUGCAUUUCCAUCGAAACUCAUAAUGGCACUUUGAAAAUUAUCUACUUCGGAAACAAUCGAGUCACACUUCGUCACUUGUAA